AUGGCCCCUCGUGUCAAAGCACGCGCAGCGGCAGGCGCACCCGACGACUCGGAAGAAGACGACCUUAACAACGCGUCGACGGGUCCGGAGAACAAACGCACAAUGCCCGCCUCGACACGCGCAAAAACGACGCGCCGUGCCAGCGCAGGGAAACCGGCUCCCAAGCGCAAGGCUGCACCGAAAACUCAAGCGCGACCAGCUUUAAAAGAUCGAACGAAUGAGCAACACGCCAGCGACACGGAGGAACUUGACGAGUUCGACCACGAGACCAUGGAGGCGUCAAAGCCCAAGGCGAAGCGAGCGAAGACUGCUGCUGUCAGCAAGACCUCCAAGAAACCUGCCGCGCCCAAGGCGGCUUCAGCGAAGAAGGGCAAAAUAGCCAAGCGUGCACCGUCCCCCGGGCCGUUGGCAGUGAUACCGGAGACCCAACAGGACCCUGAGCAGAUGGAAGAUGUAGAACAGUCGAUUGAGGUAUCGCUGGACCCCAGCAAUAUGGACAUUGCCCAGGAGCCAACGCCAAAGCCAAUACAGAAAUUCUAUCAACGAGCGCCGUCAGUUCCCGUCCAACCCCUGCAUCCACGGCCGAGUGCGAGACCAGUUUCGGCCCAAUCUACAUAUGCGCCCGUGAGAGAGCGGAGUGGGAGCGCAGGUGGCGGAGAGCGCUUUCUUGGUGACCCAGAACUUCGCAGAGCACUCAAUGAGAUGACGAAGAAAUAUGAGAACCUUCAGCUGAAAUAUGAGAGUCUAGAGGAUGUUGGAAAAACGGAUGCCGAGACGAACUUUGAGAAGCUGAAACGGGCGAGCGAUCAAAAGACCAAAGACGCGAAUGAGCUGAUUUCCUCUCUCAAGAAGGAGCUAGCAGAAUUGCGCAAGACCAGUGCUGCUGUAACGUCGGAGACUUCUGGGCUUCACAAGCAGGUCACCAGCCUUACGACCACCAACGAGAAGAUCGUUGCGGAACGGGAUGAGUUGAAAGACAAGCUCAAGCUCUCUCAAAAUGAGGUUAAGUCUAUGGAGGCCAAACUCAUCGCUGCCAGACAGCAGCUCUCUAGCAGUGCACUGGAGGCCAAAGCUCAGGCAAGUGCUGCAACGAAGCCCAAUUCAAAUUCAGGGCUAGGAGAUGCUCAGAAGGAAGCGAAGAUGAAGGAAAAUCUAUACGCUGAUCUCACCGGUCUGAUCGUGUGCGGAGUGAAGCGUAUGGAUGGCGAGGACGUGUAUGACUGCAUACAGACUGGCCGUAAUGGAACAUUGCACUUCCACCUUUCUAUCGCGAACGACACCACAACGCCACAUCCCAAAACCCCAUCUGGAGUUGACUACGCAGAAGCCGAGUUCGCGUAUGAGCCGCUACUGGAUGAGAGCAGGGACAAAGAGCUGCUUGAUCUGCUGCCAGACUACCUGACAGAGGAGAUUUGCUUUCCGCGAAACCACGCCCAACGAUUUUACAGCAAGGUCGUGGACAGCAUGACCAAGAAGAUUGUUAUCGAGGAUGAUUGA